GAUUUCAACAUGACUUUGGAGGAGGUCGUUGGAACCAACAGCACAGAGAAAAAGAUGGAGACGGUGAGUCAGGCUCUGGAGGAGUUGCUGGUUGCAGCGCAGCGGCAGGACUGCCUCACUGUGGGAGUCUACGAGUCCGCCAAACUCAUGAAUGUUGAUCCAGACAGCGUGGUUCUGUGCCUCCUCGCCACCGAUGAGGAGGAUGAGGACGACAUUGCCUUGCAGAUCCACUUCACGCUGCUUCAGGCUUUCUGCUGCGACAAUGACAUCAACAUCCUGCGGGUGUCCGGCAUGAGACGGCUGUCUCAGCUGCUUGGGGAGGACACCGAGGACAAAAACGGCAACGAGCCCCGGGACCUGCACUGCAUCCUGGUCACUAAUCCUCCUGUGCAGCCGCUGCAGUGCCAGGCCCUGCAGGACGUCAGCAGCUUCUGUGAAGAGAGCCGCUGCAGGAAUCAAUGGGUGCCUUGCCUGGAGUUGCAGGACGGCUGACUGAAUCGGGAUCGUGCCGAACCAAACCAUACCGCCUUGGGGCGGUGAGAAGAAGUUGGAAUAACCCGAAACGACCCGUCCUCCUGGAAAAAGGAGGAGCAACGGCGUUUGAGAAAGGCCGCGGGACCCCCGGCCGAAAUGCGGGAGCGCUUCCUGCUGCGUGAAUGGAUUGACUGAUCUGAUCCGGUCUGGGACAGCGCGUGAGAUGGUCGGCUCUGAAAGCCGAAACGUGCUGGUGCAGCUGCAGAGAAAGGAGGAGGCUGUUUUUUUUAAUGAGACACUGAAAAUGACUGAACUGAUGAGUGAAUAGAGUGCAGAGUUGCACGUGGAGACGUGAAAUGAGCUGCAGGUGCUCCAGGUGUUCAGCUCACCUGUGCGCAUGCUCUGGACUUCAUCUUCAACUAUCAUCACUUUCAGACAAGUGAACUACAUGUCUGUGUGUUUUUGGUGUUCAGACUAAUCAGUGAAAAGUGAAAAUGUAAAGACUUGAUCUGUUUGAUAAAUAAAUUGUUGAUGAGUACAUUUCAGAUUCUUG